ACCCCGGACGGGCUGAUCUUCCCCGACCGCGCCACGCUCUACGUGACGGCCAUCGAGGACCGGCAGUACAAGGACUACAAAAUCCACUGGUGGGAGAACGUUUACGGCUUCGACAUGUCCUGCAUCAAGGACGUGGCCAUCAAGGAGCCGCUGGUGGACGUGGUGGACCCCAAGCAGUUGGUGACCAACGCCUGCCUCAUCAAGGAAGUGGACAUCUACACGGUCAAGGUGGAGGAGCUGACCUUCACGGCGCCCUUCUGCCUGCAGGUGAAGCGCAACGAUUACGUGCACGCCCUGGUCGCCUACUUCAACAUCGAGUUCACGCGCUGCCACAAGCGCACCGGCUUCUCCACCAGCCCCGAGUCGCCGUACACGCACUGGAAGCAGACGGUGUUCUACAUGGAGGAAUACCUGACGGUGAAGAGCGGGGAGGAGAUUUUCGGCACCAUCACCAUGAAACCCAACGCCAAAAACAACCGCGACCUGGAUUUCACCAUCGACCUGGACUUCAAGGGGCAGCUCUGCGAACUCUCGUGCUCCACCGACUACCGCAUGCGUUAGGGACCCCAAAAACCCCCAAAAACACCCCAAAACCACCCCAAAAACCCCCAAAAACCCC